AUGGCAGAGAUUCUCGCACAUCUCACUUCGGCGUCAUCUGAACUUCGUGCAAUAAAUAAUACGCGCGAUGAAAGAUAUGACACACAAAUCCGUGACCUGGUUGCAUACAUUAAGAAUUGCGAUAAGGAUCUUGACACUCAAUAUCUCCUAGAUAACCUCGAUCCGUCACAGCACACGUUAUGCUACCUUUUGAUUCUCAAUACUCAAGUCGACAGUCUACAAAAGCGGACAAAGGAGAAUGUGCCAGACGAAAUCAAGCCAGGGAAUGAUUUAUGGUCUAGAGUGGCCUAUUUUCUUCAACAUUUUGAUCCAAUCCAGGUCCGGUAUGCUGGCUAUGAGUGGCGCCGACUUGUUGAACUCCUGGCACAUGCUGCUGAAGUUACUGCGAAGCCGUUCCUAGCGGUCCAAGUGAUAAAGGAGGCAUUGCUUCGACUAAACUCACCUGGUGUCCUUACAUCAUUGCAUGUUACGUUCCUCAGACUUACUCUCCUUUCCAAGUCUUAUCAUCAUGCUUUACCGGUUAUGGAAAGAUGGGUUUUCCAGUUUCCUACCAGUUCAGUCCAAGCCUACCGCAAGCAUAUCAGUCGUCCGUUGUGUUCCGAAGACACUUUCGGCGAUACGUUCAUCUCCGAUGCAUCUGGCUUCUCUGCAAAGCUGACAUACAGAGAUCAUAUGAGAUUUUUCCUGUAUGGCGCAAUGAUUUACCUGGCAUUAAAGGAAUGGGAUAAGGCGUUACAUUGGUUAAGCAUCGUCAUAUCGUCUCCUGUCAAUGACUCUGUCAGCAAAAUAAUGAUCGAAGGCUAUAAGAAGUGGAUAUUAGCUAGCUUGCUGGCGCACGGAAAGUUGAUCUCAUCGCCUAGAGUGAUCUCUGCACACGUUUCGAAAGUAUAUCAAACGUUAACAAAACCCUACGCAUCCUUGGUCGACGCUUUUGAGAGGGGUGACUAUCCAAGGUUGAGAGCUGAGAUCGACAUUGGUCGGUCAGUUUGGCGUACUGACAAUAAUGAGGGCCUAGUCUCUCAGCUGUUCUACGCUUACAAUUCGUUUCUUGUUAUCAAGCUAGGCAGGACUUUCUCGGCUCUCACUGCAGCGGAUGUGGCACAACGCACGCUUGCACCAUUGGCAUUUUCUGCAAAUAUCGAAGACUUCGUGGCGUUGCUCGUAAUGUCUGGCACCCUCAGCGCUACGCUAGUGCAUCUGCAUGGUCAAGCAGAUGCAACAAUGCUUCGGUUUUUUGCGCGCCGUGAAUCGUACCUCAAUAGUGAAAUACUGAUGCGAACACGAUUGGUCGAAGAGGCUCGGGUACUAGGACUAAUAACGAAAGAUGCUAACCAAUGUAGCAGUGAGUUGCAGCUGGGAAAUGAAAGUCUUCAAGUCUUAUCUAGAAAUCAGAGGUGGCCUGAUGCUUCAAGGGUCAGUGGCGAUGCUGUUGGAGAACUAAAUGGUGGUCUGGAAAUUGAUGAAGACAUCAUGGGAGAUGGCACCUGAAGUAUGAGGAAACAUCGGUGAAUGUCAUGCCCAACUUGCCCAUGUCCAAUAGCGGAUCUAGAAACAGGGCUAAGGUAAUAUGUAUUCCAAGCCGACUUUUCCCAACAGUCCUGCAUUUGUAAGACCCGC